AAUCUAUAUCAAAGUGGCAAUUCUGGAAUCUAAAUCAAAGAGGUAAUUCUGAAAUCUAAAACAAAAGGGCAAUUCUGAAAUCCAUAUCAGAGACGCAAUUCCGGAAUCUAUAUCAAAAGUAGCAAGUGAAACCUAAAACAGUGAGGCAAUUCUAAAAGCAAUAUCAAAUUCUGAAAUAAAUCACAGCUCAAUCAGUCCCAAUAUGCAUGUAUCUUUAUAUAAAAAUGCGCAACUUCUGGGUGAUUACAAAGACCCUUCAAGGGCAAGGUUUUGUCGUGUCUGUUAAUUAUAUAAGCUCAUGUGUUUUUGGAAACCGUGCAGGAUGGGGAGCAUUAUGCGGUGGCUCGCGUAUAUAAAGGUCGACCAACGAAUCGGGAUCUAUUACUUAUUGCCGCACUACACGCAGAACCAUGAAGGCACAGACAGCAUUGCUAUCCUUGGUGGUGGCGAGCAUGGUCCUCGAGGCUGUCGCUGCCGGGAUGCUGGACGUUGACAGCACGAAGCUCGACCAGUUCCUGGCGUCGGGCAAGUGGCCCCGAGCCGCGGUGUGCCUGGCCGGCGUCGUUCCGGAGGCGCACCCGAAGUACCCCAAGUGCUUGAGGAUAUCGCAAUACAUGCGAGAUGCCUUGAAGAACAGAUGCCAGGGUUGCUCGAAGCGAGAAAAUGCCAACUUUAACAAACUCAUAAACGCCAUGAAGUCCAGUGCACCCGCCAUGUAUGCUCGUCUCGUAGCAUGAGAUUAUGCUGAAGGAUUGCUUUCAAUCAAAAUGUGAAAAAGGAAUUGAGGA